CACACGUCCCCGAAGAUUAGUAGUCAUGCGACUUUUCGCGUUUACCUUCGUAACGGCGGCUCUGCUGUUGGCCGUGGCCACCGGCCAGUUCCAGACGCACCAGUGGGCCGACCGAACCGGCAUCGUGCACCUGUUCGAGUGGCGCUGGAACGACAUCGCGGACGAGUGCGAGCGGUUCCUUGCUCCGAGGGGUUACGCCGGAGUGCAGGUUUCACCACCGACGGAGAAUGCCAUCGUUUGGUCACCCGUCCGGAGACCUUGGUGGGAACGGUACCAGCCGAUGUCCUACGGGUUGGAAACGCGAUCCGGGAAUGAGCAGGAGUUUGCGAGUAUGGUCCAACGGUGUAACAAUGUCGGAGUACGGAUCUACGUGGAUCUUGUGAUCAAUCAUAUGGCUGCGAUCACUGGGGACGGUGGAACCGGCGGAUCUACGGGAAGUUCGCAAACGCUGGGCUUUCCGGGGGUGCCUUACAGUGCGCUGGACUUUAAUCCGAGGUGUUCUCUUAACGAUUUCAACAACGCGAUUGAGGUGAGAAAUUGCUGGCUGGUUGGGCUUCCAGAUUUGAACCAGGGUGUUCAGUGGGUACGGGACAAGAUCGUAGAGUUGUUCAACAAGUUGAUUGGUAUGGGAGUUGCCGGAUUCCGAGUGGAUGCUGUCAAGCACAUGUGGCCUGGAGAUUUACAAGCGAUCUACAGCCGAUUGAAUCCGUUGCCAGCUGGACAUGGAUUCCCACCGAACGCGCAAGCAUUCCUGACUCAGGAAGUGAUCGAUUUGGGAGGUGAGGCUGUGACCCGAGAUGAGUACACUCACCUGGGAACGGUCACCGAGUUCCGCUUUUCGGCUGAAAUUGGACGAGUUUUCCGCGGACACGAUCGUUUGGCAAAUCUACGUAACUGGGGAGAAGGUUGGGGCUUCCUGCCGUCCCACUUGGCCCUGGUCUUUGUUGACAAUCACGACAACCAGCGCGGACACGGUGCCGGUGGUCCCAACAUCCUCACCUACAAACAAGCCCGCAACUACAAAAUGGCGACCGCCUUCAUGUUGGCUUUCCCCUUCGGAAUCAAACGAAUCAUGAGUUCGUUCUACUUUGAGGACACUGAGCAGGGACCUCCGCAGGACGCUGCCGGCAAUCUGAUUCCGCCGGUGAUCAACGAUCGCGGACUGUGCGACAACGGGUACGUGUGCGAGCACCGCUGGCGCCAGAUGUUCAACAUGGUCGAGUUCAGCAACGUGGUCCGCGGAACCGGUGUCAACGAUUGGUGGGACAACGGCGCCAAUCAGAUGGCUUUCUGCCGUGGAAAUCGAGGCUUCAUCGCGUUCAAUCUGGAAAGUUUCAACAUGGUGCAAACGCUGCAGACGUGCCUGCCGGCCGGAACCUACUGUGACGUGAUCACCGGUAGCAAGGAGGGAUCGACCUGCACCGGAGGAACCGUGACCGUCGGAGCGAACGGACUGGCGCAGAUCAGCAUUGCGACCACCGCGUGGGAUGGCGUGCUGGCCAUCCAUGCCGAUUCUAGGAUCUAGGUUUAAGCUGGUAAUUGGAUUAUGCAAAUAAAGCUCACUUUGUAGCUCAAAAGACCUACAAUUAAACCAA